CAUUACCAGACUUUUUUAAAGAAUAAAAAUGGACAAGGCAAAGAAAGUCUGUGGAGUCUGUAACACAGAGCCAUCCAAAUACAAGUGUCCAGUUUGUACAUUGCCUUAUUGUUCACUAGUAUGCUACAAGAAGCACAAAGAAACACCAUGCGAAAAGCCAAUACCGACCCCUGAACCAGAAACGAUCCCUGUACCACCCGUGGCACCAGUACCAGACUAUCUAAAAGAGGAGCCGGUAGCCCUAUUGAACGAGGAACGGCUCGAGAGGAUAGCUCAAUCCAACAAGGUCAAGGAAAUGUUACAGAACCCAGGACUUCGAAAUUUGAUCCGCAUGAUUGAUCAGAGUGAAAACCCCGAGUAUUUAUUAGAGAAGGCUCGGAAGGAAAACCGACAGUUUAUGGAGUUCUCAGAAGAAAUCUUGGCUAUUGUCAACCGAGAUCCUGGUCAAUCAGGAACUGAACAAGUAUUGGAGGCCAUGGGCCUAGGCUUGAAGCCAUAAGUUUCUAAUAGAUCCAUUCUCGCUCUUUUCUCGUUUACUCUUUUUUUUUAUAAUGUAUUAUUAACUGUCAUUGUCUCAUUGUCAUCAUUGUCA